AUGACCGCUAUGGUUAUCCGCAUCUGCGAACCGAUGAAUGGAUACGAAUUACGGUGGCCGUUCANGGCCGUUCAAGAUAGGAAUGACAAUACGCCUGUAUUCACAAAACAGUAUUAUUUUGUUCGUUUACCCGAGCACUCACCGGCGGGAACAUUUGUGAUUACUGUCACAGCUUUGGAUGCUGACCGAGGGGAAUAUGGCGAGCUCACUUAUCACAUAAACAGCGCUCCGUUUAUUGAAGCUUCCGAUGGAGUUCAGCGAUCCAAAUCCAAUCCCUUUGUCAUAGACAGACAAUCCGGAAAGAUCACUGUUUUCGAUUCCUCUGUUCUGGAUCGGGAACUGACACCGACAAUUCAAGUUCCGGUGAUUGUCAAAGAUAAAGGAGGACUAAGUGCAACCACUUUGGUUGAGGUUACUUUGACUGAUGUAAACGACUGCGCUCCAAAACUCCUCAGUCCAACAGAAUUCAGCUUGGUGGAAAAUCAUCGACCGGAUGAGAUUAUAGGUCGAAUACAUCUAAUUGAUCAAGAUCAAGGAAGAAACGCCCGUAUUCAUAUUGUAGAAGCUCAAGAAUAUGGACCGGAUAUACUGAAAUAUUUACGAUUAGCUUCUGAUCCGAAUUUUCGAUAUUCACCGGCAUACACGAUCGGGAGUGAAAUAACAGACGUGGACACGAAAGUUGAACUGAUUGGUGACGGAGAAGUGCGAGCUUUACUCCUGAGCCAAAUGCCGGUGGAUCGAGAAACAUAUGCCGCUCUAUUCUUUGAAGUGGUUGCAUUUGAUGAGGGUGACCCAGUUCGAAGUAUCACUGCAACCGUUACCGUUCAUAUUCGCGACCAAAAUGACAAUAUACCGACACUGAGUUUCCCCUUGCCAGAUACAAUUUUAGGAUUGAAUCCGAAGGUGCACACCAACUCUCCACUACAUUCAUUUGUUACUCGUAUCCAAGCAACCGAUCCGGAUCAGGGUGAGAAUGGGACAAUUGUUUAUCAGCUUCAACCAGGUACCAACGGGAGCUCGUAUUUUAGUCUGAAUUCCACAUCCGGCGAGUUGACCACUUUGUGGUCUCACGAUCCACCUGUUCCAGAUCACGACAGCUCGGCGACAUUGUGGAAUGCGGUGAGAUUUUUGCCGCACACAACUGCACCGGUUCCCGGCAUCUAUGAACUUAGUGUUCUGAUCAGAGAUAAGGGGCAACCGAUAUUGGAAAGACAGCACAGACUGUUUGCCAAAGUUAAUCCGGCUAACUAUUCUAUUACAACUGUGGAACGCGUUGUGACUACUCAGCCGAAUGCGAGCUUAUUUCAGUCCUUGUUCAAAGAUACGCGAAUGAGCAAAACUGUUUUGAUCUCACUGGCAGUUGGAAGUAUCAUUAUUGUCAUAUUCAUCAUGGCUUACUGUGUUUGGAUUAAAAUGAUUCAUAGAGAGAAACUCAGAAAAACACCGGUAGUCACCGUGUCUGGGACCCAUCCAGUCAACCCCGUCGAAGACACAAUCCAAGCUCAUAGCCGGGAUCUAUCCCUAUCCGAGCAUAGAAUGCCUCAUGAUUUCUAUUCCACCCUGAAUACCAAUCCGGUGAAAAAUCCGGAGAAAGAUGUUCACCCGGACUGUGACAACUUUUUCUAUCCCCAUCAACCGGUUUCGAUGUGCAUGGAAAGUUUGAAUCCGAGUUUUAAUUACAGCCUAACUCUGUCCCCAGAACCGAUUUACAUGCGAGGAAUUAAUCAGUGGGAAUAUUCCACAAUGACAACUGUUCGUCCAAGACCCAUUUGCACGCUAAACCCUUAUGAUGCGGAACACGAAAUUAUCCGGCAUUACAAAUAA